AUGGCAGAUGUCGCCCGCCCAAUCAUCGGCGCUGACUUUUUGCAUUAUUUUGGAUUGCUCAUCGACGUCAAAAAUCAUCGCCUCAUCGACCCGUCAGACCAGAACGUAAUUCAAACUAUCUCCGUAGAUGACGUCAGUGCACCGGCACUCGUCGUUUCGCACACACACAAGUGGACCGAGUUGCUGCAGACUUUCCCCGACGUCACUCGCGAAUCGCCGGUACCCGUCAAGUUUAAACAUAACGUAGUUCACGAGCUACGAACCACCGGCCCGCCAUUAUUCGCACGCCCGCGACGUCUACCACCCGAGCGCAGUCAGGUCGCACGCCGUGAAUUCGACUACAUGCUCAGCAAGGGUAUUUGUCGCCCGUCAUCAAGCGCCUGGGCCAGUCCACUCCUGCUGGUGGCAAAAAAGGAUGGCGCAUGCCGACCCUGUGGCGACUACCGACGUUUGAACGCCGUCACCCGCGCCGACCGGUACCCGUUGCCACAUCUGCACGACUUUACUGCACACCUGGCAGGUCGAACGCUGUUUACUAAGCUAGAUCUGGUGAAAGCAUACCACCAGGUACCCAUAGCUGAACAUGACAUACCCAAGACUGCAGUUACCACGCCGUUCGGAUUAUUUGAGUUUCCGGUGAUGUGCUUCGGCCUUCGAAACGCGGCACAGACGUUUCAACGCGUAGUCAACGAAAUGCUGCGCGGUCUCGAUUACGCCUUCGCGUAUAUCGAUGACGUACUCAUCGCGUCACGUGACGAACCCGAACACGAGCAACACGUCCGCACAGUGUUGAAGCGGCUUCAAGAGUUCGGAAUGUCGAUAAACCCCGCUAAGUGUGUUUUUGCCGUCACCUCGCUAACGUUCCUAGGUCAUGUAAUUAACAAGGACGGUUGUCAACCCAACCCAGACCGCGUCGACACUAUUCACCGAUGGCCACUUCCGGCGACCAAAAAAGGCCUACAACGGUUCCUAGGUUCGGUAAAUUUUUAUCGUAGAUUUAUCCCGAACGCCGCGGAAAUGCAGACCACACUGUACAACUUAGCAGCACAAAUUAAAAAAAAAGACGGACCGUUACAGUGGGACGACAGUACCCGCUCCGCAUUCGAUACCUGCCGCACAGCCCUCGCUGCCACAGCAAACCUAGCUCACCCUAAACCAAACGCAGAACUACGCCUCAGCACAGACGCGUCCAGCACAUCGAUCGGCGCCGUGAUCGAGCAAAGAAACGGUAACGACUGGCAACCACUAGGUUUCUUUUCGAGGAAGCUCACCGACGCAGAAACACGGUAUAGUACGUACGACCGUGAGUUACUCGCGGCAUAUAGCAGCACCCGCUACUUCAUCCACCUCAUUGAAGGCCGCCUAACCACUUUAUUCACGGACCACAAACCACUCACGUUCAUGUUCACCCACAAAAGUGAGAAGUACGUAGACCGACAGGUGCGUCAAAUAUCAUUUCUGUCCCAAUACAUUCACACCGUCGAACACAUUCAAGGCACCGACAACGUCGUACCCGACGCCUUGUCGCGACUCGAAACAGCCGCAUUGCAAAGCGGACCGCCCGAUCCGGCUCAAUGGUCGAAAGCUCAAGCGGACGACCCGGAGCUACAACGAAUUCUGGCGAAUCCCGACAAAUGUGCGUUACGGUUGCAAGCGCGAGACACACCGUAUGGACCGAUUUAUGCCGAUUUUUCGACCGGCACUACGCGCACGUACGUACCGGCUGCCUACCGCCGCAGUGUUUUCGACGCGUUACACGGCCUCGCGCAUGGUGGUCAAAAAGCAACGUCGCGGCUGAUCAACGAACGUUAUUGCUGGCCCGACAUCAAUCGUCAAGUCAGCCGUUGGGUCAAGUGCUGUGUACAAUGUCAACGCGUCAAGACGGGCAAACAUACGGUAUCGCCGAUUGUACCGUUUUCGACGGCGGAACGCCGAUUCGGUCACAUUCACAUAGACCUCGUAGGACCACUUCCUUCAUCAAACGGGAACAGGUACCUGCUUACAUGCAUCGACCGGUACACACGUUGGCCGGAAGCUUGGCCGCUGGAAAACAUGUCCGCCUACGCCGUCGCUGUCACCUUAGUAAGUCAGUGGUUUUCACGCUUCGGUUUACCCGACGUUGUUACGACAGAUCAAGGACGGCAAUUUGAGGCCGAUCUGUUCCGGGUAAUGUCAGAAACGUUCGGGAUACAGCACAUACGCACCUCCCCGUACCACCCCCAGGCGAAUGGCAUGGUCGAGCGACUGCACAGGACGCUCAAGGACGCGCUCACCACACAAGAGUCCACCCACUGGAGCACCAAAUUGCCGUUGGUUUUGCUCGCCUUGCGCAGUACGGUCAAGUCGGACGUCGGACUAGCCCCAGCGGAGAUGGUAUAUGGCACUACCCUACGGUUGCCCGGCGAGCUGUUCAAUCCCGCACCACCCACACCGAGCCCACCUGAAUUAAUCGCGACGUUACGCGACGCCAUGGCACAAUUGCGACCUACGCCCGGUACAAACCACAACACGAGACGGUCAAUAUUCGUGCCAAAGGACCUAUCCAACGUCAGCCAUGUAUUCCUACGAAUAGACGCAGUCAAGCCACCUCUGCAACCACGCUACGAGGGACCACACGCAAUUUUAGAGCGACGCGAAAAGAACUUCAAGCUGCAGUGCAACAAUCGCCAGGUAUGGGUUUCCGUCGACAGGCUCAAGCCGGCAUUCGUGCUCCGCGAGAACCCGUCACUGACCGACCACUCAUACGCCGCCAGCACCAUCUCAAAAAAACAAGUCCGUUUUUUACUUCCCGGGGGGAGUAGUGUGGUGACCCACAACAACAGCGUCUUGUAA